UUCAAUGGGUUGGGGAUGGAGAAGAAAUUAUUUUUGCCCCUGCAGCAUACUCACCAAUUAAUCAACUGUUUAACAAAAGGCCUAGAAAUAACUUCAGCUAACCAGCCUCCGAUUGAAAAAGCUCAAGGAGAGAAAGUUACAUUGCCCUGUACGUUCACACUUGCACCAGAAGAUCAAGGCCCACUAGAUAUUGAAUGGGUCUUAAUACCAACAGAUAAUCAAAAGAAGGAACAAACAAUUGUUAUGUACUCUGCAGACAGGAUUUAUAAUCAUUAUUAUGAAGCUAUGAAUGGACGGGUACAGUUCAGUGUUCCUGAUCCCCAAACUGGUGAUGGCGCUAUAAAUAUCCUCAAUCUAAAGUCAACAGACACUGGCACAUACCAGUGCAGAGUAAAGAAAGCUCCUGGAGUACAAAGCCAAAAAAUACAGUUGAUUGUACUUGUAAAGCCAGCAAGGACUAAAUGCUACAUUGAAGGAGUACAGGAAACUGGAAGAGACCUUACCCUGAAAUGUGUAUCUCAAGAAGGCUCCCCACUCUUGUCCUACAGCUGGAGGAAAUCAACUGGCACAGAGGAACUUCCGGCAACAUCAUUAUUGAAUAAAGAUACAGGUGAACUCUCUCUGAAAAAUGCCUCUCAGGAAUAUUCUGGUACAUAUACUUGUGUGGCUGCAAACACAGUUGGCACUGAUGAGUGUUUUGUUGUGCUAAAUAUCACUCCUCCUAUGAAUACAGCUGGCACAAUUGCUGGGGCAGUUAUUGGAACUCUUCUGGGUCUCUUUUUACUGGCUUUUCUCAUCUUCUGUUGCUGUAAGAAACGUAGAGAGAAAAAAUACGAAAAAGAAGUGCAUCAUGAUAUUAGAGAGGAUGUUCCUCCUCCAAAGAGUCGAACUUCAACAGCCCGCAGCUACAUAGGCAGCAAUCAUUCUUCUCUGGGUUCAAUGUCUCCCUCCAAUAUGGAAGGAUAUACCAAGACUCCAUAUAAUCAAGUACCAAGUGAAGACUUUGAACAUCCUUCUGGUCAAAAUCCAAACUUUCCACCAUCAAAGGUAGCUGCGCCUAAUCUAAGUAGAAUGGGAGCGGUCCCUGUGAUGAUUCCAGCACAAAGCAAGGAUGGGUCCAUAGUAUAGAAUGGUGUUAAUUUAUAUUUCUUUAAAAUUCUUCACAAAGAAUUGUGGGGGGGAGGGGACCUUUUUCCAACUUACAUUUAAAAAGUGCACAAAAUUGCCAUUGAAGAAAAUGAAAGAGUAAGUUUGAACAGCCAUCACUUUUGCUAAUGAAUUUUGAAUUAUUAGAGUAUGUUAAUUAAAUGCUUCAGCAAAUUCAUUUACGUUCCUAAUAAGACAUGAAACAGUGGUGGUAUUUGGAUUUUAGAUAGGUUGCUGAAGAAACUAUAUCAGCUAGAUGUGGCAUUCUGAAUAUAAAAUAACACUAUUUUUAGGCAUGAAAAGACAUUUUGGCUGUAUUUCAUGAAGUUAGAAUUCCAGUGAUUCCACCCUCCAAAUUUGGAAUGACUUAAAUCUUUUGAGUCCUUUGGCCCAUUCUGUGAUAAUGGCCAAGAUGUCUGAAGUACUUGAAUUAUCUAAAUAUUUUACUGAAAGUCUGUGGAAAUCUUUAACUUUCGUAAUGUGCUUUUGGAGCAUCUUCUGAAUUGCUGAGAACUCAUUACAUUGGCUACCAGUUUCAGUUAAUGGAAUCCAGUCACAUUUAAUCUGAAAAUCAAGUUUAUUAAUUAACAAGCAGAAAUGCUACAGGGGAACUUGCAAACUUUUUGAUACUCCAACUGUAAGGGCUUGUCUAGACUGCAUUCCUCUCUGGAAAAAGGAACGCAAAUGAAGCAGAUAGAAAAUUAAAAUAAAGCACAGGUUUACAAAUCUCAUGUUUCAUUUGCAUAAUCAUGUCUAAGCGCUUUUUUUAAAAAAAACAACAACUCCGCAGUCUAGAUGGAUUUCUUUCGAUUAAAAACCCUUUUUUGAAAAGAACCUGUACAUCUCUUUCAGGAGUACGGGUCCUUUCCAAAAAAGGGGGUGUGGGUUUUUUUUCCUCCUCUUCCCCCCCCCCCCAAAAGAACCACGUCUAGACUGUGGGGUUUUGUGGUGGUGGGGGCAGGUGAAGGAGUGUUUCUGAAAAACUUUUUUUUAAAGCACUUGGAUGUGAUUAUGCAAAUGAAGUGCAAGAUUUGUAAAUCCAUGCUUCAUUUGAAUUUUCUAUCGAGAGAGGAAUGCAGUCUAGACAUAGUGUAAGAGAAGAGCAUUUUAUUAUAUUCAUGCCAAGGAACCCCAAACUGUUUACUGGUAUUAAAGAGGCAUGAUCAAGUUUAAACCAGCUUGUUUAUAGAACCUAGUCUUCCGAAACCUCAGAUGAACUGUUUUCAUAGUUCUUUGUGUGAUAGAUAUUGAUCUGUCAUGCUUUUAGAUUUUCAGAACCUUGCUUUAGAUUUCCAAAUCCAUAAUUUGAUUCCAAGGAGGUAAGCACCCAAAAGCUCUCCACCCAGAUUUAAUGGGAAAUGUUGAGUGCUGACCCCUUGAUAAAAUCUGGCCGCUUACUUUGGAAACUUAUUUUUGAAGAUCUUGAUCCAAGUGUAUAUUUACACAGUACAGCAUUAGUCUGCUGUUCUAGAACAUUGUGUGUAAUAUUUUUUGUAUAAAAAAUUUGCAGAAGGGAUAAAAACUUAGUUCUUAAUAUCCCCUUGAAAUGCAAACCAAUCUUAAAUAAUUUCUCUUCAUGUAUUGUCAUUAUCCAGAAAUGUAGAUAGAACUAAAAUUGAUUUUGUUGAAUUUUUUAAAAAAACAAUCUUUCAAAAUUUACAAACUUUAAAAAAAAUUGCUUGAGUGGUUUCUGUACCAGUUUGACUUAUUAAAAGUACUAUUGAUAUCUUAUAAGUAUUGGGUUGUUAUGGAUAGUGUUUUUGAGUUUUGCAUCAGCUUGCGUCUUUGCGAAAGUGAUUUUUUUCAGAACAAAGAAUGUUGUAAAUUUUAAAUGUCAGUAGUAGUUAUUAAACUGCCAAGUAUUGUUUCAAACAGAAAAGGAAGUUAGAGUGCAACAUUGAUCAUAUUAUAAGGUAAAUGUCUGAACUGCCUGUGUGAAAGAUACAAUGUAUAUUUGUAUGAUGAUGGUGCGAGACAAGUCUUUCUCAAUAGGUUAGGGAAACUUUAAGCUAUAUUGUCUUCUCUAUAGCUGACUAGGUUUGUGAGAUUAUUCAGCUUGCUCUUGGAUGUUUGUCUUAGUUGUAGGUAUGUACACAAUUUUUUUAUCUGAAUUAUUAUGUAGAGUAUAAACCCUUUUCAAUCUGAAUUUAGACAAUGAAGUAGAUAUUAGAUGUGUACACAAUUUGCCACAUUUGGGGACUUUUUUAGAUUGUAAUCUGAUACUGUUAGAAUUAAAGUACUUUUAUCUUUCAUCUGUGCCUUUCCAAUGAACUUUUAUGCCUGAUUGUAACUUAAGUUUUUUAAAGAUAUUUCUGGUGCCUGAAUUGCUUUUUUUCAAAAGGUGCUUCUUAAAUAUGAAGGUACAGACUUCAAAACACAGCACUGUGACAUGAUGUCUUCUUACAUGCUUUUUUAUAUUUGUAAUUCUUCCUGACAAUAUUUUGGAUGUGGCUUAAGUAACUGCAUAAUGUUUUGUAUUUCAAACUGCUUCAGGUUUUUUUUUUUUCAAUGUCUCUUUUUACAAGUUGAUAAACGUUAUGUUCCUGAACUCUAGUAUCAGAUUGGAUGAUUUAGGUCUCUUUACAUGUGGAAAAAUGCAUCUUUGUAUUCAUUUUCCAGAUACAUGAAUAAAAUAAAUGCUUAAUUUUAAAGAAUUUUUGAAAGCGCAGAGAAGGAAGACAAUCCCUUCCCAUAUCCAGUUAUGAACAUGGACUGUUUAAAUUGAGGGAGACUGCCAGGGUUGAAUGAUAUAUUGAUACACAAAAUAUUUUACCUAUCCCUAAAAUAAGGUGUUUAUUUUUAAAACACUGUUACCUUGAUCUUGAAAACUGAUCUGCUAUGCAAAACAGGAGGUGAAGCACAAAUAUAAAAGCCAGAAGCAGGUCUGGGCAACUAGCUAGUAGUCUGAAGUGCUUGAAAAAUCCAUCUGUGGAUGUGGAUGUGAGAUGGGUACUUACUGGAUUGUCCAGUACUUCUGUCUGGACGAUCCAAGAAAGAUACCGAAGAACAUAAAUAUAUUAAACUAAAGUAGACAUAGCUGGAUUAAUGCAUAUUUAAUGCCCUGUAAUCUCACAAGGAAGGAAUAAGUGAUAGAGAGCAAGAGACAGCAUGAUGUGCCCUGCCCUCAAAUUUUAGUAUUUAGGGCUUGCCAUCUUGACAAUGUCUGUUUAUGAAAUUACACAGAAAAUAAAAUAACAGGAACUGACAUACAUCUCUGAAAUACAUAGAAUUUACCAACUUGGGAUAGACUUUGCCUCAACUACUUAUCAUCCACACCUAUUGAAUGGACAAAACAUUAUUAUGAAGGCCACUUAAUUUCUAAUAUAGAUCUGAUUAAUAGCACAAAAUAAAUAUUUUAGUAAAUUAUAUUUCCUUUAAAUUUGAGGCUAAAGUAGAUAUCCGAUUAAUAAUGUAUUGUCUAUUUAAAAGAGGAAUUGAUGGGACUAAAUAUCUUGUCCCAGUACUCUCUUCUUGCCCUAUUAGAGUGUUGUUACAGAUAAGGCUUUUAAGGAAAAGUCUUGCAGGAAGUAAGGACAAGCUAGUUCAUCAAUUAAGACACCAGCCUCAAUGCCUCAUUCUCACAGUUGUAUAGUGAAGGUAAAUACUUCUGUAAAUACUACAUCUAAAUAAACUGAAGAAGUAAUAAUUAGUUAAUUCAAUUACUGAAAAGUUACUUUUCCAUUGUCAAUGUGGUAUACUCUGAUUUUAGUUUGGGGUGAAUAAAGUGAUAGUUUUAUGUAAUUUUGAAAAAAAAAACCCACCACAUUAGGUGAGAUCACAAACUUCCUUUUAGUAACAUUUCUGAAACAGAUAUUUAAAGGUGUUUAAAUUCUUGUAAGUACAUUUUUAAAGUGUGUAGUGUGUUAAAAAUGCCUUGUUCCAGUUCAACAAAAUAAAUACCCAUCAUAUUUUUGUGGAUCCCAUUGACUAUGGUAUUUUGCCUAUUCAAAAAUGUACAAAAGUACACGUUAAAUUUUGUGUAGUGUAUUGUUACAUGUUAGAUUAAAUAAAUGCAUAUCUCUUGUUUAGUAACAAUACAGCUAAGUGUUAAAGGUGUAUUUAAAAUAGCUGUCUGAAAAUCAGAACUUUCCUCCAAUAACCAUAGCCAACAAUUUUUAUAGCAGACUUUUGUUCUUCGUACUCUUCCCAUGGAGGAGAAAAGUCCAUACGAGACUCAUUGUAUCACUUAAACCCUACUUAAGCAUUGCAGUGAGUGUUUAUAGGACCUUUAGGCUUCUCAGUGUUGGGGUACAUUUCAACUUAAUUAUACUAAAGCAAUACUACCUACUGGAGUGUCUGCAACUGGAAAAAGGUAUUCAGUACUUCACGUGCACAAACCGUAGUAUUUGAUAUUCGUAUCACUUUCAGCAUAAGGUUUUAUAUUUUAACUAUUUAAAAUAGAAGCAUUGAAAUGUGUAGGAGUCAAUUUGUUAAAAAAAAAAAGCUGUAGUUUCAUGAGACUUGUGUCCUUUUGAAAUAAAUCUGUUAGA